AUGGCAGGAUACACAUCAAAGCUCAGUUCAGAAGAAAUUUUAGAACUUCUUUUGAAUGGAGACGUGUCAGAUCUUGAGAUUAGUGAGGAGGAGGAUGGUGAUUUUGAUCUGGCAGAUGAUGCUAUGCAACAAUCGAAUGUUCCUUCCCCAAGUGAACAGAGUAGCAGCUGCACUGAUAAUUCUGAUGAUGACGAGAGUUCUUCGCAGAAUCGCAGGAUGUUUUGGGAGAAAUGCGAAAGGUUUGAGGGACUCCAGGUUACCUUCUCGCCCACGGAAGUUGCAGAACAUAAUGAGAAUCAGAUCAUGGACUACUUUCAGCAAUACUUUGACUUGGCCUUUUUUAAGGAUACUUCUGAACUUACCAAUAUGAGAUAUUUACAGCAGACUGGAAGGUCUUUAAAGCUGUCUGCCAAGGAAUUGCGGGUAUUUAUUGGAGCAACAAUACUAAUGUCUUGUUUGAGAUACCCUAGAGUUAGGAUGUACUGGGGUAAAACAACAAGAGUUAUUAGCAUUACUGAAAUUAUGACUCGAGACCGAUACUUCACCAUUAGAAGUAAUUUGAAGGUGACAGACGAUAAUGCUGUAACAGAGGAAACUAGAAGGAAAGAUAAGUUGUGGAAAAUAAGACCACUUUUAGAACGUGUAAAGAGAGCAUGCCUCAGUUUACCUCGAUCUCCUGAAGUGGCAGUGGAUGAACAAAUGAUCCCGUUUACUGGAGCAUGUGCAAUAAAACAAUUUGUCAGGGGAAAGCCAAAUCCUGAAGGGCUCAAAAAUUUUGUGUUGGCUGCUCCUUCAGGACUAGUCCUUGACUUUGAGAUUUAUCAGGGUAAAGGAACAUUCCCAGAAGCUAUUGGUCAACAAUUAAAACAAGGAAUAGGGGCCUCAGCAGUCCUCAGGCUUUGCCAGAGCCUUCCAGAAGGAACACAUGUGUUUUUUGAUAGGUAUUUUACCUCUGUUCCGUUACUGGAAUCAUUGGCUGAAAAAACCUUGCCUGCCACUGGAACAAUCAUGAAGUCAAGAAUACCCAGAGCAGUCCAUCUGACAGCAGACAAGAUUCUUGCAAAUCAAGGACGUGGGUCUGUUGACCAGACAGUGAGAAAAGACAAACUCAUUUCUAUUGUAAAAUGGUAUGACCAAAAGCCAGUCACAACUGCAUCGACGAAGGUUGGGAAGAACCCUAUGGAUCAAUAUCUGGGAAUUGCAAAUAGCUGGAUUCAGUACAGAAGUGACAGAAUUAAGAACGAUGAGCCAAAGAAGAAUAUCCUGCAGUACCUUGAUUUCAAAAUUAGAAUUGCUGAGCAUUUGUUAAGGGGCCAAGAGGAACAACAUUCUGAUGAAGAUGAUGAGGAGUCAACUCCUAAAAGGCGAAGAUUACUGCCGCCACAAUCACCUUCACCUUCUCUGUGGGUGGGACAGUUUCAAAAUCAUCUGCAUCGCUACCUGGGUACUUUUUGUGCUGCACCUUCAGAAGUACCAGCUGGCGGCGAGGUUGUGCGUGCAGGUCGGGCUCACGCGUGUCCUGCGGCGCAGGUAGUCAGCGCUUACAGGACGCUCAUUGUAACAGUGCGCACGGCCUAA